UGGGAGUUGGAGCCCAGGAUUGCUGACGCGGAUCGAGUGGAAAAGAGAGAGGGGGUUCAGCACAAUGUUGCUCUGGGGUUUUGUGUUCUGUCUCUUUUUUCCCCGAGCAGAAAGUUAUUUUUCGGAGGAGAACUACUCGGAGGAGUCGGAGAUGCAGGCGCCCACGGUGGUGAUGGCCAUCAUCAGCCGGAACUCAGCGCACUCUCUGCCCUAUUACCUCGGAGCUCUGGAGAGGCUCAACUACCCCAAAGAACGCAUCUCCAUCUGGGCGGCGACAGACCACAACACUGAUAACACCACUGCAGUCCUGAGGGAGUGGCUGACCGUCAUGCAGCAGUACUAUCACUAUGUGGAGUGGAGGCCCAUGGACAAGCCCAUCUCUUAUGCAGGUGAACUGGGGCCUAAACACUGGACUAACGGCCGCUACGAACAUGUCAUGAGGCUCAAACAGGCGGCGCUGAACUUUGCCAAGAAACGAUGGGCUGAUUAUAUCCUGUUUGCAGACACAGACAACAUCCUGACCAACCCAGACACGCUGAACCUCCUCAUGGCUGAGAAUAAGUCUGUGAUCUCCCCCAUGCUGGACUCUCAGUCUGCCUACUCCAACUACUGGUGUGGCAUCACACCUCAGGGUUAUUACCGUCGCACAGCCGAGUAUUUCCCGACCAGGUAUCGGUACCGGACAGGAUGUUUCCCAGUUCCCAUGGUCCAUUCCACCAUGCUGCUGGACCUGCGCAAGGAGAACACCAAGAGCCUCGCUUUCUACCCACCGCACACAGAUUACUCCUGGCCCUAUGAUGACAUCAUCGUCUUUGCCUUCUCCUGCAGAGUUUCAGAGGUUCAGAUGUACGUGUGUAAUAAAGAGCGUUACGGCUACGUGAACGUUCCCGCUAAACCGCACCAGACCGUGGAGGACGACCGCGUUAACUUCGUCCAUCUCUACCUGGACGCUCUGAUUGAUGGACCUCCCAUGUAUUUGUCCCGCUACGUACACGUGUUCCCCAAGCAGUUGGACCUGAUGGGCUUUGAUGAGAUUUACCUGAUUAACCUGCGCAGGCGACCUGACCGCAGAGAGAGGAUGCUGUGGUCUCUCUACGAGCUGGAGAUCAGCGCUAAAGUGGUGGAUGCUGUGGACGGAGCAGCUCUGAACAGCAGUGAUAUUAAGAUCCUGGGUGUGGAUCUCCUGCCCGGAUAUUACGACCCGUUCUCCGGCCGCACGCUCACAAAAGGGGAGGUGGGAUGUUUCCUGAGCCACUACUACAUCUGGAAGGAGAUGGUGGACAUGCAGCUCGACAAAGCACUGAUCUUGGAGGACGAUGUUCGGUUUCAGGGUAACUUCAAACGGCGGGUGAUGAGGAUGAUGGAGGAGGUGGAGCAAGCCGAGCUGGACUGGGACAUCAUAUAUCUGGGCAGGAAGCAGGUUAACCCUGGUGAGGAGGAGCAGGUGGAGACAGUAAAGAACCUGGUGGUUGCUGGUUAUUCGUACUGGACGCUGUCCUACGCCAUCUCACUGCAGGGAGCUCAGAAGCUGAUCAACGCUGAACCCAUCUCCAAAAUGCUUCCUGUGGACGAGUUCCUGCCCAUCAUGUACGACAAACAUCCCAAUGAAGACUACAAAUCCCACUUCCUGAACCGGAAUCUGCAGGCGUUCUCAGCGAGCCCCCUGCUGGUGCAGCCCUGUCACUACGCGGGCGAUGUGGAGUGGGUGAGUGACACGGAGACGUCCACGGUGUGGGAUGAUGAUAAUGUCCCCACAGACUGGAGGGGCUCGUACAAGAGCCUGAAGGGUGGAGCUCCACCUCCUGGCAUUCAGAGCGCCACCUACAGGGAUGAGCUGUGAAACACAGAACUCUGUGUGCGUGCGUGUGUGUGUGUGUGUGUGAGAGAGAGAGAGAGAGAGAGAGAGAGACAGAGAGAGAGAGAUGAAUGUACAGCGUGUAACAAAAAUGUUCCUGAACACAGACACAUGGGGACUGAAAUCUGUGACACACAACAGACCUUUAAUAGUGUGUGUGUGUGUGUGUGUGUGUGUGUGUGUGUGUGUUUCUCAGGUACAUAAAGUGCAGUCUGUACAGAAUCAAUUUAGUCAAUUUUUAAGAAAUGAAAAAUUAAUAAAUUUAACCAGUCUUGGAAAAUAGAUAUGAUAUUUUAUUAUUAUUGUUUUUUUUUUGUUUAUUUUAUAAUUUUUUUUACAAAAAUGCUCUAUUUACGCAGAAGUCUGAUCCGAAUCCACACGCUGCACUUUAUGUGCUGAGAUUAGGGAUUUUUUUUAAAACCUUCAUGGCAUCCAAAUCAUAUAGCAUUUUUUAGUAUUUUUAACAUUGUGGCUCUUUUUUUAUUAUUAUUAUUAAAAAACUAAAAAAUAUUUACUCUAUAAAUAAGACAAUUAUUUUUCUCAUUGAUUCGGACAGUAAAUCAGCUACUGAACGUCUCACGCUAAAGACAAUCAGACACAGUGUGGCUCUGUGUGCAUACGUGUUAAUCAGAACGCAUUUGCUUUUCCUGUAUAUUGUCCGGUUGUUUCGGGAUGUUUCAUCAUCCUCAUCCUUGUGAUGUCUCUUAUUUAUUUCCUGAAACUUUUCAUCAUCCUUUGUUGGAAAAAGUGCAGCUGAUGAAAAGACUCUUUUUUUUUCCAGAAAAAUAAAAUAAAGUUUUUAAUAAUUUAA